AUGCGCCAAUUGACGCCCGUGCGCCUCGGUAUGAUUCGAACUAACACGACAAAAGGUCGCGACCGUUCGGCUAAGAGCAUCCUCAGCGUGUCGGCAGCACGGGGCAGCCUUUUCCAGCUCUUGCCAAAAGCAAAAGCAGCAGCCGGAAACGAAAGACACCAGAACGAAGUGGUUGUUGGCCUCGCCGACAUGCUCAGGCGGGUCGUGGUCACGGGCCUCGGCGCCGUUACGCCGCUGGGCGUGGGGGCGCGCUUUGCAUGGAAACGGCUGGUGGCAGGCGAGUCGGGUAUUACCAGCGUCGCCGACCGCACGCCCAUUGAGCAGUGGGAGCGUCUGCCGAGCACCAUAGCGGGCGCCGUGCCCGACGGCAAGAGCAGGUCGCGCGGCCAGUGGAAUCCGGACGACUGGGUCGACGAGGCCGAGCAGCGCCGCAUGUCGCGCUUUACGCAGUUUGCCAUGGCCGCGACGGACAUGGCGCUGGCCCAGGCACAAUGGCCAGGUCCAGAGGCCGUGGCAGCGGCGGCACGGAAGGAUGCGGCCGCCCGCACCGAGUAUGCGCCCGACGACAGCCCCGAGGCGCGCACGGGCGUGUGCAUCGGCAGCGGCGUCGGCAAUCUCGAGGCCAUCUACGAGACCAGCCUGGAUCUGCACCACAGCGGCUACAAGCGCGUAUCGCCGCUCUUUGUGCCGCGCAUCCUCAUCAACAUGGCCGCCGGCCACGUCGCCAUGCGCCACAACUUCCAGGGCCCCAACCACUCCGCGUCGACCGCCUGCACCACGGGCGCCCACGCCAUUGGCGACGCCGCACGCUUUAUUGCCCUCGGCGACGCCGACGUCAUGGUCGCCGGCGGCGCCGAGGCCUGCAUCCAUCCGCUGACCUUUGCUGGUUUUGGCCGGUCACGAUCCCUGGCCGACCCCGUCUCGGACGACCCCACAAAGUGUUCGCGGCCGUUUGACCGCGAGCGGUCAGGCUUUGUCGUGGCGGAGGGUGCUGCUGUUUUGCUGCUGGAAGAGCUCGAGCACGCGCUGGCGCGAGGCGCGCCGAUCCUGGCCGAGCUGCGUGGCUACGGCUGCAGCGGUGACGCGUUUCACAUGACGGCACCACACCCCCACGGCGUCGGUGCACAGCGGGCCAUGCGUGCGGCGCUCAAGAACGCCGGACUGCGGCCGCGCGACGUCGACUACAUCAAUGCACAUGCCACCGGCACGGUGAUUGGCGACCGUGCCGAGGCGGCGGCGAUCCGCACGCUGAUGGCCGACGACGACGUGACAAACGAGUCGGCCAUUACCGUCAGCAGCACAAAAGGCGCUGUGGGCCAUUUACUGGGCGCGGCUGGCGCCCUCGAGGCCCUCUUCACCGUCCUCGCCAUCACCGAUAAUCUUGUCCCACCAACACUCAACCUCAUCACCCCCGACGUGGGCCCCAACUUCAACUUUGUGCGCGAAAAGGGCCAAGAAAAGAAGGUCGACGUCGCCCUCACCAACAGCUUUGGCUUUGGCGGAACUAAUGCCAGUUUGGUGUUUUCCAAGUUCAAAUGA